AUGCAGUCUCGAUCGGUUCAAGUACUACUAGCGACCCUUUGGUCUUCCUCUUGCCUGGCUGCUGUCUCCAAGACGCCCGACUUUGCCACGUCUGAAGCGGGAAAUCCGUUUGUCGAUGGUUGGUAUGCUGAUCCAGACACUCAGUUCUACAAUGGCGAGUACUGGGUGUAUCCGACGGCGUCACGGCCGUACGAUGAACAGACGUAUCUCGACGCCUUCUCAUCUCCAGACUUGGUUCACUGGACCAAGCACUCGACGAUUCUGACUGCUGACGAUUUCACCUGGGCACAUCGCGCUGUUUGGGCCCCGGCGCCAGUCUAUCGCAACGGCACGUAUUACCUCUAUUUCGGUGCCAAUGAUAUCCAGUCAGACUCGGAACUAGGCGGCAUCGGCGUGGGCGUGGCAGAGAAGCCAGAGGGCCCGUAUCGAGAUCCCCUUGGACAUCCACUCAUUGGCGCAUAUCAUAACGGUGCACAGCCAAUCGAUCAAGACGUCUUUAUUGACGACGAUGGGCAAGCUUACAUCUAUUACGGCGGACACUCUCACGCCAACGUCGCCAAACUGAAUGACGACAUGAUUAGCCUGGGUACCUUUGACGACGGUACCACCUUCAAGGAAAUUACUCCAGAGAACUACGUUGAGGGGCCGCAGAUGCUCAAGCGUAAUGGCGUUUACUACCUCUUCUGGAGCGAGGGUGGCUGGGGAGGGCCUGACUACGCAGUUUCAUACGGCAUGAGCAGCUCACCACUCGGGCCAUUUGACCGUAUCGCAAAGAUAUUGCAACAAGAUGAAGCCGUGGCAACAGGCUCCGGCCACAACGCCGUAAUUCAAGUCCCUAAUACGGACAUCUAUUACAUGUUGUACCAUCGGCAUCCAUUGGGGUCAACUGACGGAAACGACCGACACUUGGCAUAUGACCGGCUCUACUUCAAUGAGGAUGGCACUAUUGAACCAGUCAAGAUGCUGGUCCAUGACAACUUUGAGGACGGCAAUAUGAUCGGUUGGGAAACCCAUGGAGGUGACUGGGACGCUAAAACAAAUGUUCUACGAGGAAAUGCUUCAUCAGGUGGCCUGGCCUUGCUCAACACCAACUUUUCCGACUUUAUAUAUGAGACCGACGUGAAAAUCUCCAAGGGCAACAGCAAUUGCGUGGGCUAUGCAGGUCUUUUCUUCCGAGUUUCGGGCCCGUCUAGUGACGAUGACUCCUACAAAGGUUACUAUGCAGUCAUCAGCACCACUGGCUCCCUGGUCCUCGGCCGAACAGAUGCCACCGGCGUUAUAGUUCUUGGAAGGGAAGAGGUUGGUAUCGAGCCGGCAGAGCAACAUCGACUCAGGGUGACGGCAGAUGGCAGUUCAAUACAUGUGGAGCUCAAAGGCGAGCGGCACAUUGUCAUCAGCGUAAAAGAUGAUGUGUAUAAGAGCGGAAUGGAUGGCGUGAGGGUAUUUGGGAUAGAGGCAGAGUUUGAUAACGUCAACAUUACUCGCAUCUCUUCAAGCUAG